AUGGACGAGCUCCAGAGCCGGUUCCUCGUGAACCUCCCGGCGUCGGAACUCGCGUCGAGCGAGCGGCUGUUCUUCCAGAUCGAGCAGUGCUACUGGUUCUACGAGGACUUUUACGCCGACCAGUACGCGCACGUGCCGCACGUCAAGCUCAACGACUUUGCCAGCCGCAUCUUUGCGCACUGCCCGCUGCUUCAGCCGCUCGCGCAUCGCUGCGACGAGCUCUUCCAGGACUUUAAGACGUACCAGCGCCAGGUGCCGGUCGUAGGCUGCAUUCUGCUGAACGCCAAGCGCACGAAGCUCGUGCUCGUGCGCAACUGGAAAGGCACGAGCUGGACGUUCCCGCGCGGCAAAGUGAACGAAGGCGAGUCGGACGUCGACUGCGCGCGGCGCGAAGUGCUCGAAGAGUGCGGCUACGACGUCAGCGACAGCCUCAUGCCGAGCGAGUUCCUCGACUUUGUGGCCGCUGACCAGCGCAUGCGCAUGUACGUGUGCGUGAACGUGCCCGAGACGUACGCGUUUGCCCCGCAGACGCGCAAAGAGAUUAGCACUAUCGAGUGGUUUGCGUUCGACGCGCUGCCCAAGAAAACGUGGAGCGUCAUGCCGUUCAUGUCGAGGCUCAAGCGCUGGGUGAAGACGCACAAGGGGAUCAAGCCCAAGGCCAGUGGGGGCACGAUUGCUGCUGCGGCAGCACUGAACAGCGGCGGCGCGGGCCGAGCAGCGUCAGUGCCGCGGAAUCGGCCGCUGGCUAUGACGGCGCGUGGCGUAGACGAGCAGACAGCGAGCAAGGACAGGCAUACGAGUGGCGGAGGGAAGAAGAAGACGUGCCGGCAAGAGCGGUCUGUGUCGACGCCGCACAACGAUCGGCCCGCGGGGAAAACGAGCGCGAAGAAGGCGCCUCGCGGCCACUUUGGCACGGAACGCGACACGGCGACGUCGUACGACGGAUUGAAUGGCGAGACGUUUGGUGCCGGGAGCAAAGGGUUUAGCGUCGACGAGAUGUUCCGCGUGAACGAGCGCCUGACUGGACAAACGUUCGAGUACGAUGGCAAUCCGCAUGACUUUGGGAAACCGGUGGGGCACUUGACUGUUGCCUCUCCACGAGCAGCAGUUUCACUAUUUAAGCCGAGAGAGGAGCGGUCUGUGCAGAUUCUCGCGCGGUCGCUGUCGGCGCCGCUGAAGCGCGUGGACGAAGAAACGUGUGCCGCAGCACCGAGUCCACGUCAGUCUGCAGGCGCGACGCCGUUUGGGUCGUUUCAGUUUGAUGCAGUGGACAUUAUGGCCGUUGUGACGUGA